AUGGAUCGUAAUGAUAAAUCAACUAUAACACAUAAUUCAUUUAAUACUGAUAAGAACCAAUUGUCCAAUGAAGCCUUAAUACAAAGCGACUGUGCCACAGAAAUCCAAUUCUCGAAGACUGCGAUUCAAUCAACCGUUAAAUCGAGACAUAAACCGAAAAGUACAAUGUUGGCAUACCUAUUUUUGACUCUUCUGGUUAUUGCGGCAGGGGCUGUCUAUCUGAUCACUGCUCGGCUGUUCAUUUACAACCAUAUAGAUGGCAAGAUCGUUAAGUGGUAUGCCUAUAUGAUAUACAUUCUUUAUUUAGCCUGCUCAGGUCUAUUCUUCUUUACAGGGCUUCUUCAUACCUGUUUACGUCUUAAACAAUGGAGUUUUUCUGACCACAACUCGAAACAACGAAGUGGGGACGGCGCCAGUAGAGCACUAGUACUAGUUGUAGCGUUUGUGGCGAUCGUUGCUCUUCUAACUACCUUGUUGUUCUGGUAUAUUGCCCGACAAGAAGACGCAAAGACUGACUGGUAUCUAAUUUUCCCGCUCUUUAUUUAUCCCGCAGUGGGACUCUUUUGGAUAUUCAUAAAGCGCCAACCCACCAAGAAGUCCAAUACUAGCCCACCUGAGUUUAAUUCCCUUCAAUAUACAAGAACGUUGACUAUUUUGUUUUUGGCCGUUUUUGUUAUUUCGAUUAUCUCUAUGCAUUUAUACUGCCUCGGCCUUUGCGACUAUCUGAGUACGCUGCGGCCAGGUUCUUUCCUCGGCUUCUUUGGCAUCCCUAUCGAAUAA